CAGACACCGAUCAUGUCAGAUAAUUGUGUGGCUUCUAGCGGGUCCGGUAAAAGUAAACGCACUGCUCAUUUAUCACCUUCUUCAAAUUUACAUAUUUGGGUAUCACAAUGGUCACGAAAAGAUGUGGAGAAAGAGUUACAAUUUUUUUGUAGCGGCACAGCGGUAACUCCUUCAUCGAUUUUGGAAAAAAUUACAAAUGAAAAAUUAAGCGAAAAGCAAAGUGAAUAUAUGGAGAAGGUGAAGCGUUAUUUAAAUUUUGAUAUUAAAUUUAUGGAACUGAUAUUAUCUCAAUCGGUGGCUCAUUAUCCUGCAACAGGCAUUACACAACACCUGAAAGAUGUAAUAAAGGACACUAUAGAGAGGUCAAUGAAAGAUCCAGAUAGAUUUGUAAGAUCAACUAUUAGAGAGUUUAUGAUAGCUGUCCAGACACUUGCUAGAAAAUGUGAAGAGUACAGAACACAUUUGAAAAAAACAAUAUAUGAAGGAACAUUUACACGUUUUAUAAGUGAUUUUGCUGUGUUAUGCUGUUUGAAACCAGAGUGUACGCUUUAUAAUGCUAAAGGUGAGCCAUCUAUUUGGGAAAAUUUUAGAGGUUUGCAACGUGCAAUUUCAAAUCCUGAUAUACGAUUAAUGAAAAGAGGUCUACCAGAAGAAUUCUGUUCCAGUUGUGAGGAAACAGAAUGGCCAGUUGUUUCUAUUGUGGAGGUAAAUAUGCCUUCAGAUUUGAAGUUUAUGAAUGAAUCUGGAAGGGAUUCAGUCGAUGAACUUGCUAGGAAAAUGGAGUUUACAAAACUGAAACCAAAAAGUUCAUCUUCAGAAUCAACAUCCUCAGACAAUUUGUCCGCUGAUCUCUCAAGAGUCUGUAGAAAGAAAAAAAGUUCUUCAAAUGUGACCAUCAGCUCACGAUUCCUACCUAUAUACAAUAGUAAUAAGGUUUUUGGCAAGCAUGCAGGAGAAUUGCUAUUUGACCUGAACAGAUGUUUAAAAGACUCAAAUGCAAAAGUUGGAAGAAUGCCUGGCAUGAUAAUUGAUGGUGUAAAGGUCAUUUUUACCUUAUUAGAAAUAAGAGUUUCACAUCUGGAGAAGCUGAGGAAGAACCAACAGUUAGAUGAUGAUGACAAAGCAUUAAUUUACUAUUCAAUUCCAUAUGACAUCUUCAAUCAAACAGAUCGAAACAUUGUGAUGGAAUAUUUCAUCAAACUCAAUAAUGUGAAGAGUUAUGGUUAUAAUGAAUUGGAAGAAACCCCAUCAGCAUCUGAGGAUUCAGCUUAUUCAUCUGAUGUAGAUCAUGCAAAAUCUGUUUCUUCUUAAACUUCCCACCAGUAAGAAAUAUGUAUAUAAAGUGUAAAAUAAAUCUUUUAUUUUUAUCGUAAAAAUUCCUAAGGGUUCCGUGGAACCCAGUGUCUUGCCAAAUUUUGCUGUUAGUCGCAGGCUCAACAAAAAUGGGUAAAAAAUUAUUAAAAAUUUUCCUCUAGAUACUAUCUUUUGAUUGUAAGAAGCUUCUGUCCAAGUUUGGUAAAAAAACCAUGAUGGUUUAUGAAUCUAAUAAAUGUUUUAAAAACUUUAACUGAAGACUGUAUGUAAUGUUAACUGGAAGAAAAACUAAGUCCAUUUAUAAGUAAUAUAUGGAAAAACUGGAAAUAAAUUUUUACAAAAUUUCCUUCUAAAUACUAGCUUUUGAUCAUAAACAAGCUUCUGUCCAAGUUUGGUACAAAUCCAGGAUAGUUUAAGAAAGUUAUUAAAAUUUCAAAAACUUUAACCACAGAGUGAAUAUUUGUGGACACCGCCGCCGCCAACAACGGAAUGUAGGAUCGCUAUGUCUCGCUUUUGCGACAAAAGUUGCAGGCUCGACAAAAAUCAUUUACAGCAAAUUGGAUAUAUAGCAAAUAUUAGGUUAUAACCAAAAGAAAAUCCUAUUUCAAUAAAAUCAGAUCAUCAGAUUCAUGCAAAUGAAAUACAGACAUUAUGUUAUUUUUGAGUGAUAUCCUUUGCAAGCAUGUUAAAAAUGUAUAAUUUAAAUUUCAAGAUGGUAUAAAGGAUUAGAUACAUGUAAAUUUUGGGAUGCAUUUGGUUCUGUAAAGGGGAAGGUUCACAAAUGGUUAAAUUUGACCCUAUAAAUUUCUCAUGAUUUUAAUCAAUCCAAACUAUAACAUAUAAAUAUAAGAAAGCAUGAGUAUUUUUUUAAUUCUGACUCUAACAAUGUUGUUCUUAAAAUUGCGAAAUUUUGUAAAAUUAUAUUAGCUGUUGUUAAUUAAUAUUGUUUCAACCAUUAAUAUGUCCAUUUGAAAUUUACUGUAUUCCUUAAAACGUAUUACUUUUUUACAUGUAUAUAUGUUAAUGAAUGUUUAUAAUGUUCACUGCAUUACUUUGUUAUUAGUCCCCUACCAAAGAAGUCGAAGGGGACUAUAGGUUUGCACUCCGUCCGUCUGUCAAUCCGUCAGUCCGGCAAAUCAGUUUUCCACACUUAUUUCUUUGCGCUUGAAGAUAUUGAUUUGAUAUUUGGUGUAUCAUUUAAUCAUGACAAGUUACAGAUCAAGUUCGAAUUUUGUUGCGGUCUGAUGAUUUUGUGCAGAGUUAUGGUCCUUGAACUUAGAAAAUUCACUCAAAUAAUCAGUUUUCCGCACUUUUUUUUGUCAUGCUUGACGAUAUUGAUUUGAUGAUUGGUAUAUAGUUUUAUCAUGACAAGUUACAGAUCAAUUUCGAAUUUUGUUCCGGUCUAAUGAUUUUAUGCAGAGUUAUGGUCCUUGGACGUAGAAAAUUCACUCAAAUAAUCAAUUUUCCUCA